AUGCACACUGAAUUCCACACUACCAAUAGCUAUGAUCUCACACCACAGUUCAUCGCGGAGAAUGGAGAGUUCCAGAUCUACACACCGGAAGCAGCCAACACAUACAUCAAGAACGGGGUUCUCUAUCUCAAACCGACGUUCACUGCUGACAAGUUCGGAGAAAGUUUUCUUCAAAACGGCGUCCUUGAUGUCAAACAACAGUGGGGAUCAUGCACAUCUGAUAAUGACAAUGGCUGUCAUCGUCAGGGUUCGCAGAUUCCACCAAUAAUGUCAUCGAAGGUCGUCUCUACAGCUUCCAUCACACACGGACGAGUUGAGGUGGUGGCGCAGAUCCCUAAAGGGGACUGGAUCUGGCCAGGAAGAUCUUCUGUGAGUGGCCAUUUGGCUGCUUCCUCCCGGGUGGCCUUGGAAAUAUGGCGCCUGGCCAGCUUCCGAUUGAGCAAAUCCGGCACAAGUUGGGCUGAUGGUUUUCAUACAUACUCAGUGGACUGGACAGAUGGACACAUCAGGAUGGACAUAGACAACCAGCCGGUCAUGUCCUGGUCAACACCGUCUCAAGGGUACUGGUCAUACAGUCAUCAGACUGGUACCAAUGUCUGGUCCAGAGGGGGUAAAGAUGCGCCCUUUGAUGGGAAGAUGAGCCUCAUUCUGAACGUCGCUGUAGGCGCCACCAAUGGUUACUUCCCCGACUCAUGGCGAAACACUCCCCAUGCUAAACCCUGGAAGAACAACUCACCAACUGCUAGUAGGGAUUUCUGGAAGAGCAAGCACCAGUGGCAGUCAACUUGGCAUGGCGAAGACGUUGCCAUGAAGGUCAAGUCGGUCAAGAUGAUACAGUAUUAG